AUAGUCAAUAGAUCAGUACCAGAACUGAUCAGUUACUCGCAAGCGUUUAAUAUAAGAACUUCGGUUUAUCGUGACACACUUUAUAGUAACGAAAACAUUUGUAAUAAUACAUUAAAAGAAGACAACAGAAGGAAACAAAGCUUGCUUAAACUGGCUAAUUAGUUCGUCAACCAAGAAUGAUCACUAUUGUAUUGCUAUUACUUAUCUUUAUUCUGCUGAUAUCUAAUUAUUAUGUGCAUUAUUAUGGAAAAAAGGGCCGACUUAUCAAUCUUAUACCGGGACCGUCAGGUUAUCCGAUUGUUGGAAAUGCAUUUCAAUAUCUUGGUUCACAAAAAGAACAAUGGAAGUUUCUGUUUACCUUAACUGACGAGUUUUAUCCCAUUGGAAAAGUUUGGGGAUUCUUCUUUCCCAUAAUAUCCAUUCGUCAUCCGAAUGAUUUAGAGACAAUAUUAAGCAGCACAAAACAUAUCGAAAAAAGUCUUCUUUAUGAUGUUUUACAUCCGUGGUUCAGUACUGGUCUUCUCACUAGUGGAGGCGCCAAAUGGCAUUCACGACGAAAGAUAUUAACCCCCACAUUUCAUUUUAACAUAUUACAGCAGUUUAUUCAUAUUUUGAUCGAGGAAGGUGAAAACAUGACCAAAUCAUUGAAAAAUGCAGGAGGCACAGUUGUAAAAGAUUUAGUACCAUUUUUUAGUGAACAUACACUGAAUGCAAUAUGUGAAACUGCCAUGGGCACUUCUUUACGAGGCCUUGGUGAUUUCCAGCAACAGUAUCGAGAAGCAGUUCAUCAAAUGGGCGAACUUGUUGUUUACAGGUAUAAUAAUUCAUGUUUUAUUAAAUGUAAUAAAUAACUGUAUAUUUAUAUU